AUGGCAGAUGCGCACCGCAAGCGCCCGCAACCCGACGAUCCCCAACCGUCGACCACCUCGCGCCCAAACAUGACGACGUCUCUGUCGCAUCGGUCGCGACCAUGCCCGGGCCAACAGAGCGACAGGAACGAAUUUUCGCACCCCUCCGCGGACGCAGUCGCCGCCGGGAAUACCAGCGACGACGACGACGAUUUCACGUCGUCCUCGGGAAGUGACAGCAGCGACGAGGAAAGCGAUGACGACGGCGAGGAGGGGCAGAGCGGUGAUGAGCACGAUCAGGUGAAGAGUGACGAUGGGCGCGACCAGGCCUUGCCGCGCAUACCUGCGCGACAGAAACCGCGCAUCCAGCACGUGGAGAGGGAUGGGAAUCUGCUCGCCCGCAUUUCCGCAUUCCUGCCUCAGAUGAAGAACGCCAAUGAUGAGCUUCAGCGGGAGAUCGAGGCCGGUAGGGCCAAGGAGAUUCGGUUGGAUGAAGUGGAUGACCAGAACGAGGGGCAGUAUAUUGAGAUGAAUCUUGGUCUCGGCGUCUUGGAAGAAAAGCGACAGGGCGACGAUAGUAGCGACAAUGCCUCGGACGAGGAUCACGCAAAGAAUACUUCUGCAGAGACGAACGCCGACUCGCGAACGGAUUCAAAUGUCUUGGGCAAACUGAUGGGGCAGGAAGACGCCUCAUCUUCGAACAAGCCCACGAUCGAAGAAAUGAAGGAGUGA